AUGCCCUCAUUGAACACAUACGAGCCCAUCGAAAGACUGGAGCCUGGCCAUCCGGCUUGGCCAUACGCCGGUCACAGUAUCCCAAGUUCAGACGACCUGCGCCACCUACCGCCAGUGGGCAUCUUCAUCGGUAUACUAUGUCAAGCGAAGGAGGCGGAGAGGAGAAAUACGAUAAGGCGCUCGUACCAUCCCUCACGAUGGAGCGAACAUCAGGCCGCACUGGGGGCCAUUGUUCCCAAGUUCUUCAUCGGUAGACCCGGCAGUGCUGCCGAGGACGAGGCAAUUGCGGCCGAGAUUGAGACCUUUGGCGACAUUGUUGUUCUGCCAAUGCGAGAGAAUAUGGAUCGAGGCAAGACAUUCGCUUUCUUUGAGUGGACUGCGAGGAACGCAAAGGUCCCUGCUUGCAAUUAUACCCAGCAUCGGGAUUCGGACUGGACGUAUCAUUGUUCUGGGGAGAAGCCGCCUGACUAUGUCCUCAAGGCGGAUAUGGAUACCUUCUUGGUUCUACCCGAGGUGGAGAGGCGGCUGAGGCAUCUGCCUCGAACCAAGUUGUACUGGGGACACGUCGGCGACUUCAUGGUGGGCGCAGGGUACGGACUAAGUUUCGACAUGGUUCAGUACAUAUCGGAAUCCCCGUUCGCUCGGGCCCAUCGGUCUGGCUAUGAGGAUCAGCUGACGGCGGAUUGGGUCCGCGCCCACCCCGAGGCGGACCGUGUCGUCUGGGUAUCGGAAUCGUGUUGGAUGUACAACCACCCCAAAUCUGCAAAGACGUGGUCACACGGUUUUAUCUUCCCCGAUCUGCUAGCCUCGCUAAGCGACCAGCGUGCUGCAAGUAUCCUCCCGUCCUGGAUACCGCCCAAAGAGGCCGGCCGCUGGUCCACAACGACCCCGCUGGAUCGGUCCUAUACCCCUGUCGCGUCGAACUUGACGUUUGAACAAGACGUCGAGUCGCUGAUCGAGUCAACAGAAUUAUCCUUGCUGCAUCCACACAAUUUGGAUGUACCGAUACCGUCAUCGGAGCUGACAGAACGAAUCAACAAGGCGUACGCAGAAAGAGAGUCCAGGGCGGAGCGAAUGCAAGGCUGGGAGGCGGGAUCGACGAUAUGGGUACACGCAUCCAAGCGGAACGAAUGGUGGGAGGAAGCGGUUGCUGCCUUUGCGGACGAAUGA